CACGGAAGUGCUGUGAAAAGGCUGUGCUAGGGAGUAUAAUUGAGUAAAUUCGAACUCGCAGCGCGGUGGAAAAAGAAGUCUCUGCAGACUUAUAUCUUGCUUUUCUUUGCAGCAAAUUUGUGUUCAUUCUUAGCGAAUAAUAUUUACCCAUUACCAUGAAACGUAAAAAAAGUCCUCUUCAACAUCGUCGAGGAGGAACUUCAUCAGAUAGUAAUGAUUCGACCAAAGUGAGCUCCACCCAUGAUUCUUCUAAACUAAGUGCUCCUCAACAUGGAAAUGUUUCUAUGUCCAGCCCAGCUGUUUUGCACCCACCUGCAUUUCAUGUUAAUCUUUCUCCUGGUCCUGCAUCAUCUCAUUUGGCUGUAAAUAAUACAGAGGAAUGGAACAAUGUAGACGAUUCUGUUGACACAGAUGGAGCAGGGCUAAGUGGGAGCCUACCAUCUUUAGGGAGCAAUGAAGCAUUACAUUUUUGUGAUGAAGUUGAUUUAGGGUCUUCACAUACUCCAGAUCUGCAAAGAACAAAAGCAGCCAUUGAACAUUUACAACAAAAAAUUGCACGGACUAAAGAAUUAAUUAAACAAGAGCAAACUGCAAGAGAUGAAAAUGUUAAUGAAUACUUAAAAUUGGCCACAAAUGCUGACAAACAGCAACUGCAAAGAAUCAAAAGUGUGUUUGAGAAGAAAAAUCAAAAGUCUGCCCAACUAAUCACACAGUUACAAAAAAAACUGGAGAAUUAUAAUAAGCGAAUUCGAGAUUUAGAAAUUCAUGGUAUUCCUCGAGGUGUUUUGAGAGAUAUGGGCCAAGGACUGAAGGAUGUCCGUGCCAAUAUUAAGAGUGGUAUUUCUGGUCUGUCUGGAGGAGUUGUUGGCAGUUUGAAAGGUGGACGAUUAGGUCGAGCCUCUGUGGCUCAUCCAACUGCUGAGAAUGUAAUGUCGAAACCAAGGGAAUUUGCACAUCUCAUCAAAAACAAAUUUGGAAGUGCUGACAAUAUCAAUUCUAUGACCAAGUCUGAAGAAUCUAAUGAUGAUCAAGAGCUAAAUAUUCAUGGAAGUGCACUUUCUACUCACAGCACUCGUUACACAUCUGAUGAAGAAAAUUCCAGUGUUACAUCUGAGUCUGGUCAAAAUCAGAAUGCUGGAGAAGCACUAGUGCAUUCUACUGUUCCGAGUCCUCAUCAUCAUGCUACAUUGCAAAGUUUACCAUCUGGAACUGAGUCAACGACCAUUCAAUCAUUGGGCCCUGCUUCUUUUGAUUUAGAACCCAUUCUGCAAGAACUUAGAUCACAAAGGGAUGAAUAUCAGCACUUAGUUGAAGAAAUUGAAUCUGUUAAAGGACAAAUACAACAGGAAUCUACUUAUUUCAGCCAAGCAUUGCAAGAAGAAAGAUACCGUUAUGAGCGUUUAGAAGAGCAGAUGAAUGAUUUGAUAGAGCUACAUCAAAAUGAAAUUGAAAACUUGAAGCAAGGAAUUGCUGAUAUGGAAGAGAAAGUGCAGUACCAAAGUGAAGAAAGACUGAGAGAUGUGCAUGAUAUUCUUGAUAAUUGUCAAACACGGAUUUCACGCAUGGAACAUCAGCAACACCAACAUCUCCAGCAACUAGUAACUUUGGAUGCUGUUGAAAAUUCUCAAGCUAGAGCUCUCUUAUUGAAACUUGUCAAUAUUGCACUAACUGUACUUCAAGUAGUUUUAUUACUUGUUGCAACUUUAUCGAAUAUAAUCAUGCCUUUCUUACGAACUAGGGUUCGAACACUCACUACUUUAUUACUCAUUCUUGUGAUUGUCAUGGUGUGUCACCAGUGGCCUGAAUUAUUAGAAUUGUGCCGUACCAAAGCUGUUACAGUGAUUCCUUCUUUAGCAAAGUAGAAAGCUUCUGCAAUAACUCAAGAAAGAAUUUUAAUUACUUCCUGAAAGGAGUAAAUAUGACCUAAAAGAAUUUUAGUGAGAUUGUAAAUAUAUGUGCGAUAGAUUUAUGAUAAUAUUGCGUGAGUGUGAAGAUGUAUAAAAUGUAAAAGGUAAUGAUUGCAUUCUUAAAGAGAAUUUGUAUGAGCCUUAUGAAGUUAAGAAAUUGUUCAGUUUUGUUUUUAACCCCACCUAUUCAUUGACAUAUGUCGUAUUAGCGAUUGAUUUAUUUGACAUUUUAUAAAUUGUGACUUCUUUUUUUGUAUAGGUAGAAGAAUUUUUAGAUUGUCUUUUAUGAAAUUUGUGAAUUAUUUUUCAAUUCUAGGGAUGUUUUAUGUUUGUAAAUUUAAGUUUAUUUUGAAUGUUUUUAAUAAUCAGUAUUUAUUUAUCUAUUUUCUUUGUAAGGCAGAGUGCUCAUUUCCCCCCAUUACUAAAGUAAAACUUUAAAAAAUAUCUGUACUAUAUUUGUUCAUUAAAUUUACUAGGUGUAUCGAAAAUCUGCAUCCAAUUUUAAAAUACUGUAACUUUUUUAGAAAUCAGUCUUCAAAACAAGAUGUUACUCCAGAAUGUACUUGACUAUUGACAUAACAUAUUGAUGUUUAGUAUGACUCCUGUCGGUUGACUUGGAAAGUCUCCUCAAAGUUCUUAUUUGUCCCAUAUUUACCAAAGCAUCUUUUGUGUCUUUUAAUUUAUAGCAGCCGCUAUUACGAUUUUGUGCUUAUUCGAAUUUCUUUUGGCAAAGACUGUCAUGCAUGCAUACUCAAUCGUCUAACAAAACAUUGUAAAAGGAUCUGGUCAGAUAUUAAGGCCUAGAAGCAAGACAGUCUUAACUAGUUCUUAAGCCAAUGCAUGCUUUAUACAAUUAUAAUGGCACUUUUCUUUUAAGAAUCAUUUGAGGUUUUAAAUACAAAUGUUGAAGUCUCCUAUCUUGCUGGAAUGUGGAAUUGCCUAGUACUCUGAAUUCACCCAUAUUUGCUGGUGUAUAUCAGAUAGGAUUUAAUUUAAGUUAGCAGCAAUUUGAAUUUUUAGAUCAUAGAUUUGUUUUCAGGGUAGCCAGGUCACAAAAGGACUAAAUCAGCACCCUGACUACUUCUUCAGUCUACGCAUAUCUAAUCUGAUAAUUAAGAGUUUCCUUUUCGGUAUCAUCUGAUUACUAAGUGCCAAUAUGGUAAAUUAUUUUUUGUUGGAAUAUCUUAGCCUGCUUUUUUUUUUUUUUUUUUGUUAAAGCAGUCAGUUUCAUUUGAAUUCCUCGAAUACUUAUAAUGUGACAGUUUUCUCAAAGAAAAAUAUCAUGAUUAUUAAGUGAUGAUGCUCCUGCUACACUUCAAAGAAGCCAUGAGGCUUCAUAAUUUAGUACAACAACCGUAUUUCAAUCAUUUGUUUAUCUUCUGCAAUAAAUUGUUGGAAAUGGAUAUAAAGUUGUAAUAUUUUAAAAUUGGAUGAAGAAUAUUUUGAUAAACCCCGCACAGUGGUAUAUGUUCCUUUUCUCCCGUCAUUUGAUAUUGAAGAAUGAUUAAAAUAUUUUAUGGAUGAUUUUGUCUUCAAUUUUCUGUUAUAUUGUUAAGUUGUAAAAACGGAUAAAAUCACAGUUUCUUUUAUGAUAUAAUUUAUUAUUUUCUAAAAAAAGUUUUUAAAUUCUUCUAUUCAAAUGUUUAUAGGUAAGUAAAAUUUAUUAAAAGAAAUAUUUGUAAACAUAAAAAAAACAUAGAAUUUACAUCUAAAUUUACUACUACCUGCAAUGAAUUAUAUGAUUGUGAGAUUUAUGUACUAAAAGGAAAUAUAUAAAGAAAUUUAAUAAAACCAUCAUUAAGCAAAGAGAGGGUGUAAAAGAUAUUUUAGAAAAUCUAAAUUUUUUUUAACCUUCAUCUUUGGGCAAAUUUUAAUUUUUUAAGUAGAAAAUUAUGGCCUAUUUUUUAUCACUAUAUAUUUGAAUACUUGCAAAUAAGUCUAAAUAAUUUUGUAAUGAGAUGAAGUGCUAUUUGUGUCCAAUGCUGUAAUUGUCUUAUUAACAAUGUCUGUCAAUUGUUUGAAAUAUUUGAUAUGCUAUUUUUGCUGCCCAAAGAAGGUUUAUAAUAUGGAAUUAUAGUUUUAUGUUAUAAUAAGUUUAAUAUUAUUUUAAUGCUGUAGGAAAAAAAUGUAUAAUUUUUAUUAGAUGGGCAUUAGUUUAUCUUUAUGCUGUUGCCAAAUUAUCUUAAAUGAUGCAUAAAAUAUAUAUAUAAAAAUUUGCCCAUUUUUUUUAAAAAAAAGUAUUUAUAUUUGUUGUUUUUUAAUCUAUCUUUUUUUCCUCUACAAUGUUAGUGUUUUGUUUUUUAAAUUAGGGUAGUUUUAAUAUAGUUUAUGACAUAGUUAAGCCUUUAAGAAAUCAUUUAAAUUGUUGCUCUCUGUUUGUACAUUAUUGCAUAUUUGAUUAAUCUGUUGCACUAAAUGCUUGAUGUUUUCUGAUGUUUUGAUAAAAUGUAAGCUUUAUAUAGAAAAUUAUUUUAUGUAAAUGAAUAAUUUUUUUUUCAGGUCUAGUAAUAUUAUCUAUUUCUUAUUGAUUUUUGUUCUAUUCUAUUAUUUAUUAUAAAGAUUGUAAAACUGUAGUAUUAGUUAACUGAACUUUCAAGUUGCUCAUUUGUUAUAUUUAUGAGCCCAAAUUC